AUUAGCUCCUCACACGUACGCUGACUGCAGAGCCACAACUUCAUCUUCAUCAAUAUGCUGCUGCGGGAGCCGUGCACUUCCAGAUGGCGCCACCCGUGACGAACUAGCGCUCGCAGUCCAGGCUCAUUCCGGAAGUGAUGUCAUCGGGGUGACGCCUCUCAGCUAAAGCAGAGUAAACAAACGCUUCUCGAGAGUGACGACAAUGGCAGGUGUCCUCAAAAGGAAGUUCGCUGAGGUAGAAGACAACGACUCUUCCUCUUCCCUGUCGUCCUCUUCGCCCACGUCCUCCGAGUGGGAGUCGGGCGGGGAGGGCAGUUCCUCUGACACGCAGGAUUUUGCACCCCACAGCCCCCCCGCGCCCACCAGCUUACCCACUGGCUCCAUUGUGAAAAAGCCCAAGCUGGUAAAAAGGCAAUGUCAUGUGCGCUUCGACCAGGUGAUGGUGUUCAGUUUCCCUCGCUGCCAGGGCUUCACCAGUGUGCCCAGCCGUGGAGGAGCCACUCUGGGUAUGAUGCGGCGGCACAGCGCCCUCCGCAGGUACACAGUGGCGGAGCAUGAACUGGAGCGCCGGUGCAGGCAGAGGCACCUGCUCAGACUGAGACAGGAGGGAUUUGAUGCGCUGAAACACAAACAGAUCACCAAUGAGGAAGGCCAGCUUCUAAAUGAGGACGUCCACAUCAGCGAUGCUGAGCUGGAGGAUGGGGGUUCCCUGCAGCCGCACUCCUCCAGGCAGCGGCAGGCUCUGCUUCUGGCAGCUGGGGUGAAGCGCAUCGACAGGGAGGAGAAGAAGCAGCUUCACGCUCUGCGUCUGUCCAGAGAAGCUUGCGGAUGCGACUGUCAGGGCUUUUGCGAGCCCGAGACAUGUGCCUGCAGCUUGGCAGGUAUCAAGUGCCAGGUGGACCGCUUCAACUUCCCAUGCGGCUGCACUAAGGACAGCUGUGGAAACACAGAGGGACACGUGGAGUUUGACUCAAAGCGUGUGCACACACAUUACAUUCACACUGUCAUGCGACUCGAAUUAGAACGCCGACUGCAAGAUGAAGCGAUGAGCCGAGAGGACCCGCCAGGACUUUCAGAAGACCACGUAGGGUCUGAAAAGCCGAGUGAGGCCCGCGCGGUGACGAGUGAGCCGUACGACAGGUGCCCCUUUGGCUUCACCUUGGAAGAAGAAGACGACGUCGCUCUUACCAUUCCCACCAGUCCUUCCUUUAUUUUGCUCCCAGAGCGAUCGGUGGUGGAAGAGAACAGCUGCAGCAGCGACACGACUGAGUCCUCUUUUUCUUCCUCCGAUUGCGAUGGCGGGCGUCUUCGCGCCAGUCAUGAAGGAGCGCCUUGUACCCUCAGCAUCUGUGACUCUGAAAAUAACAACUACUCUAUGUGUGACCAACUGAGACUCAUGGCAGCACCACUGACCCCGGACAGAAGCAACUCUACAAGCACGACUCCCGACAGUGCGGGACCCCAUCCAGCAAACACAUUCACAGACAAUCAAAGCACAACAGCGACGGAUUAUCAGGAUGAAAAUGCAAACCAAGCCAGGGACCCCUUUGAGGAUGAGGAUUCUCUCGAAGGCUUUCCAAACACCCCUUCCCCUACUCUGGACUAUCCCUCCUCCAGGUAUAUGGACCCCAGCCUGUCCUCGGACUCCGACCUGGAGUUCUUUGACAGCGACUAUCCUCCCGGGCCGCUCCACAGCUCGUUCAAAGAGCACAGACACUCAGACAGCUUUCACCAUCUCCAGCUGAUUAGCUCUGUUUAUUUGCCUCCGUGUGAAUCGAGCGCCUACCUCCUGGAAUCUCUGAUUGGCCUGACUGAACCGAGCGCAGAGCAGCCUUUUGAUAAUCAGCUUUUAUAGCAAAAUAUUGGGGAAAAAAAUUGUUUUUUAUAUGCCAAGAAAUUGUUUUCAAGAAUAUUAAACAGAGAACUGCUGGUGAUUUUGUGGUAUCAAAAUGUAAUUAGUUCUCUUCUGCUUUUUAAAUAAUAUGUUUCAGAGAACUGCCACUUGUUUAUCUAUUUCUAAUCUAUACCAUGUUUGUAUUUAUAAACUUCUGUGCUAAGCUUUGAUUUGUUAUUUAAUUUUAUUCCUUGGCCACAAAAAAAGAUUGGACUCCCAAUAGAUGUUACUUGCCUCACAAAAUAUCAACAAAUAUUGUAUAUAUAUAUAUUAAUAUUUUACUGUUGUGUCAGAUUAUAGGUUAUUCAUUGUCAUUGCUAGUAAUUUUUUGGAUGCCUUCAAAUAUAUUUAU